AUGAAAUUAUUCAUGAUACUUAUUGUUUAAAUAUUUUCAACUCCAUCAACUGUGAUUUAUGAGUUUGAUGCAAAUUCCUAAAUAAAUGAUGGUAAUUUAAUAGAAUUUAGAUUUAGGAUGGUUAGUUAGAGAUAAUGAUUGUUUUUUUUGUAAUUGCGGUGGGAUUAAUUAUUUUGGCUAACCUCUUAAUGAUAAUAAUGCAAUGUAGAUUAGCAGACUAUUUUCAAAUCUAAAAGCCCAUUCUCAUAUUUAAUUGGAGGCUAAAGUAUUAAGGGAAUGAAUUUCUAUUAUUACAAAAGAAUAUAGACCAGUUAAUCCUUUUGAUAUAAAUUUAGAGUAUAUUGAUGCUCAAUAGUCACUCACUUCAUCUUCAAGUUCAGUUUGCCCUGGUGCAUUCGUAUGGACUAUAACUACAACUCUUAUUAAACACAAUAGAAGAACUCUUUGGAUAAGAAAUGGUUUCAAUAAUGCUGGAGGUUUAAUGUCAUUAAAAAUAAGCAUGAUUAAUUGUUAGUUUGACUGUCCUGGGUGCAUAGAGAAUUAUAAAAUAUUUUGCUUAUCAUGGAAACUGCAUUCAUAUUCAUUUGGUGAAAAAUUGAUUACAAAUUCUGAUGGAUGGAUAUUUGAACAAACUUUUUUCACUGAUUUCAGUUGAAGUAAUUGUAAAUUCAUUAAUUUUUUUGAAACUAAUUAUUCAACUCAACUACCUAUACAUUAAAAUUUAUUAAUAAGGUUUUUUAAAGGAGAUAUAAUUAUAAUAGUAGACUAUGUAUAUGGUAAAAAAACUUUUGGUUCCUAUUUGUAUUUAGUAGAAAUAUUAAUAGAAAAUCAUCUUGAUCCAAUACUAUUAUUGAAUAUUAAAUCUCAAACAAGCACAACCCGUGCUUUAAUAAGAGAUUUUGAAUUAUAUUACACUUAACCAGAAAUACCAAUAAUUAAUUAAAUGUAGGUUGUUUAGAAUAAAUUGAUACUAAAUGCUUGACUUGUUAAGAAGGUUGGAUUUACGAUUAGUUUCUUGAACAAUGUCUUCAAAUUGGGGGCAAUAAAGAAUAAUUAUGUCAAACAAGAAAUUUUGAAGAUUCAGAAAUUAUAAUAAAUAAAUUCAACGAAGGUUGCUUAGAGUAAAUUGAAACUAGAUGUCUGAUUUGCAAAGUGGGUUGGAUUUAAGAUUAGUUUUUUGAAAAUUGUCGUUCAAUUUGUGGNUUUAAGAAUAGCAGGAAAGGAAUCUAUAACUGA